AUCUCGGAUGACUCAGCCAAUGACCACAUCCAGUGCAUCUACGACUACACAGCUGAGGUCAACAUCCUCCACAACGGCUCGACAGGCAACAACGUCUAGUGAUUCUACAACUACUCAGCCAAAGACCACAUCCAGAUUCCCCACACCAGCUCAGGAGGCAGUCACAUCCACCCGCACAUCCAACGAUUCCGAGGAGGAUGGCGACAGCAAUUCCAAGGAGGAUGGUGAUGAUGAUUCCGAGGAGGAUGACAACAAAGACGACGGCAACUCUGAGGAGGAUGACAACAAAGACGAUGGCAACUCUGAGGAGGAUGACAACGACGAUGAUGAUUCUGAGGACGACGACGAUUCCAACCAGAAAGAGAAUUCCACAACAGCUCAGCAAGCAACAUCUUCCAGUGCAUCCACAACCACUAAGCAGGCGGCCACAUCCACCAGAACUCCGAUUACUUGAGAGACAACCACCAGUGGAUGACAACGACGAUUCCGAGGAGGAUGAUGACAAUUUCAAGAACGACGAUUCCCACUAAGAAGAGGAUUCCACAACAGCGGGAUGAUGAGUACGAUGAUGACAAGCUGUACGAUCGCAAUGGACAGUAGGGCUUGGGCGAUGAGGUUUGAUGCUGACAAUUCCACAACCAGCACCUCCAGUACACAUCUGUGGACCAGUGGCCCCCCCCAGCACCUUGAUCCAUCCACAACAUCAGCCACAACCGCAGAGGUCCUUAGUCCAACUCCUUGUAUCUCCUGUCUCUUUGAAAUAAAGUACAGCUUUGCAUCAGA